AUGAGUCGCCGCUCGCUGACCCGUGAUUUACUGCGAAGUGAGGUAAUUUCGACAGCCCCAGGGUCGCUGCAAGGUGACCUGCUGAUUCUGGCACGAAAUCCGUUGCGGCGCCUGAGCGUUCGCGAUCUGAAACGAGUGAGAAAGUUUCUCUCGAAACGCAGAGCGAAAUGCCUGCGACACCUGACGGUGGCCGCCGAGAACGUGCGUCACGUCGAGUGGCGCCAAAGAGCGGCGCCACGUCACUACUGCUUGCUCUGCUACUACGCGGUCGCCGCUGUCGUCUCCGCGUCCGUUGCCGUCGCUGUGUGCCUCAUAGCCGUGUCGGCAGCCGGGAACUCACUCACUACUCAAGUCGGCGACUGGAAGUGCGGGACACGCCAGAUGCGAGACUUCCCGGGAGCUACAAUGCAGAACAUCUUCAGCAUGAACGAGUGCCUCUACGUCUGCACCAGGGGCAAUGAGACGUGGGUCGGGCAUCAUGGUGUGAGGUGCAAAUUUAACGAAGAAUCGGGCAUCUGCAUUGAAGGCCGCUCGUACUGCAUGUACACCGAGCGUCAGCAGUCCAACGUCACGGGCGCAGAUGACGAAAGAAGAGACGUCACCACAAAGACCACCGUAGAAACAAGCGGAAGCAGUGGAACUACGCGUGUGUUGCGUAGACGCCGACCAAGACGACGCAAAGGCGGCGCUGCAGUAGAAACGAAAGCGGUGCCGUAAGAAAAGACAGACAGUUACCGGUGAAAGCACUUGCGCAUAAAACCAGAGAUGGACCCCAAGAUAAUCGUACCUCGAGCAGUUCCAUCCAAGAAAAAGGGACUGUGCGAUAAUUUGAGGCAGCUGUUACGCCACGCUCUGGUUUCUGUUAUAUUUUAAUUAAUUGUUUGUCGCGUUGUCUUUGUCGAUGAAAGCAACCAAACUGGCGUCGAAUAACAUUAACAUUCAGCUCUUAAAAUCUAGUCGCAAUCAUUUUCGGCAGGGGGUCCGCAAAGUCCCUGCUUUGAAUCUCUGCUGAUGUAAUAUGCGAAUGAAAGUUUACCACCGACAAGAGGAACUGAUAAUUCUUCCGCUAUGCAGGUAAUAGCAGGUGACAGCAGAAGACAGCAGAUCGCAAUACAAUUCUAUGCAUUUGGCGGAACGGCUUACCGCGCGACAAGUGCGCUGUCCUGCAGAACGCACUCGGUUGGCGUCCCGUUAUUGACCUUGCUUUGGAAUAUGUUUACAGACAUUACGGCGAAACAGCGCAGAUGACGAGACGGGUGAUGAAACAGACAACGCAAUCGAGUGUUUUCGCUGAACGUUUACGGUGCGCUCCACUCGGACCGGCAUAUGCUAGCAAUUUUCGCACAACCGCUUAGCGCGAAAGCUAUACUGCGCGUGCGCACAACCUUCACGACGGCAGCGGAACGGAGAUCGCUUCCCUCGCUUGAGCGGAAUGUGAGAGUGCGUCUGCUUGGUUUC